AUGAAAAAGAGAUUCCUUAAAAAAUACUUUCCAGCUUCGAAAUCAUCCACUCUAAAGAAAAAAAUUAGCAACAUGGAACAAAAUAGUGAUGAAUCAUUUUAUGAGUAUUGGGAAAGAUUUAAAAGGUUGUGUGCGAGCUGUCCCUAUCAUGGGUACCACGAUGAAGAUCUCAUUAUGUAUUUUUACAAUGGGCUUGUCAAUGAUGAUGUAAGAAUGAUAAAUGCAGCUAGUGGAGGUUCCAUUCUCAAUAACACACUGGAAGCUGCAAGGGCAUUGAUUGAAGAACUGGCUGAAGGUUCUAAGCAAUUCAACAAGAGAUCCCACGAUAUAAGAGCAAUUAGAGAAAAUGUUACCACUGAGUCUAAAGUUGGCAAACUAGAAGAUCAAAUGCAAGCAUUAACAUCAAUGAUGAGAGAAUUCAUGGUUAAGGGAAAAGCACAACAAGUGAAGUCAUGCAGCAUUUGCUCUUUUAAUCAUCCUACAGAUUCUUGCCCUCAGUUACAAGAAGAAGUUAAUGAAGAAGUUAGUGCAAUUGGUUUUCACAACCAAGGGUUUCAGAAAAGAAAUGAUCUGUUUUCCAAUACAUACAAUCCAGGGUGGAGAGACCAUCCAAAUCUCAAGUAUGGGAAUCCAUUAGGGAAUCAACAACAUCAUCAACAACAAUCAUUCUUCAAGCCACAACAACAAUCUUAUCCUAGACCCCCACAUCACGGUCAAGGAUCAAGUUCGAAUUCCAAUAUGUCCACCGAAGAAAUGUUGAAUACUCUAACACAGAACAUGAUUCAAUUUCAAGAUGAGACUCGUUCUAGCAUCAAGAACAUUGAAAGACAAAUGGGUCAAAUCUCAGGAGUAGUUAGCAAAUUAUAG